GCCUAAGACCUUCUCCCACGGCUCCUCAUGGACAGCCUGUCAUGAAGCGAGGAGCCAGCUGAAUGCGCGUAAGCACAUCAGGACACCAGGAUUUGGCCAGAAGACAGUUCCUCUCCUCCCCUCAGGAAUUCUCGGAGAUGGUGCAGUAGCUUCUCCCCGACCCUGGACGCCCAGCAUAGAGUCCACAGAGCUGAGUCCUACCUGAACACUGGCUUAGUGAUACCCAGUGAGCCACGACUGACAAAACCUGAGAAAGGGAUAGAAAUACAUCUUCAGAAAUUCUCACGACAGCUCCUUGUCCCUAGAGCCGCUCUCUUUUACCCGCGUGAGAUGUCACCUCCCUUCCACACUCAAGCCUCGUCUUCCUCAUGAAGCUCUUCUAUUUUGAAGAUUCUACCCAGAUUUACUCCCAUCUUUACCACGUACCUGGAGCACUGAUUUUUCACAUAAACCGUAUCCUGCCUUAUAUUAUCAGUUAGUUUUUUAUUUGGCGAAGAGUGUUCCUGAAUUGAAUCUGAAGACCCGACGGCGGGGAAUUGUGAUCUCCUCUGAAUCUGUCCAAGAUGCUAGAAUCAUUUUGUGUGCCUUCCGCUCGUUGACUGUUCUGCCAUGACCACAGCGCGGUACCGGCCCACGUGGGACCUGGCCCUCGAUCCGCUGGUGUCGUGCAAGCUCUGUCUCGGGGAGUACCCAGUGGAGCAGAUGACGACCAUCGCCCAGUGCCAGUGCAUCUUCUGUACUCUGUGCCUGAAACAGUAUGUCGAGCUCUUGAUCAAAGAAGGACUAGAAACUGCGAUCAGCUGCCCCGAUGCGGCCUGCCCUAAACAGGGCCAUCUGCAGGAGGACGAGAUUGAGUGCAUGGUCGCUGCUGAAAUUAUGCAAAGAUACAAAAAGCUACAAUUUGAAAGAGAGGUGCUCCUGGACCCCUGUCGGACUUGGUGCCCGGCUUCCGCCUGCCAGGCCGUGUGCCAGCUGCAGGAGAUGGGGCUGCAGACCCCGCAGCUGGUGCAGUGCAAAGCCUGUGACAUGGAAUUCUGCUCCGCCUGCAAAGCCAGCUGGCACCCUGGCCAAGGCUGCCCAGAGACCUUGCCGAUCACCUUCCUUCCCGGAGAGACCAGCUCCCCCUGCGCAGAGAGCCUCUUGGCCCAUCCUUCCUCUCCCGAGUCUGCACGUUUGAGCCUGUGCCUGCCCCUCACCACCCUCCUUUCCCUGGAGACUCCUUGCCGUCCUCAAAUACAAGGCUCACGUCCGUCCUUCGUCAGGAUACCCCGAUCCCAGGGCAGAGCUGCUGACCCCACCGUCUGGGCCCCUCACUGGAGAUGCUCUGCUUUCAAAGUGGAGGAGGACGACGCGCCCAUCAAGCGCUGCCCCAAGUGCAAGGUCUACAUCGAGCGGGACGAAGGGUGCGCCCAGAUGAUGUGUAAGAACUGCAAACACGCCUUCUGCUGGUACUGCCUCGAGUCUCUGGACGAUGAUUUCCUCCUGAUCCAUUAUGAUAAAGGACCCUGCCGGAAUAAGCUGGGCCAUUCCAGGGCAUCUGUCAUCUGGCAUCGGACACAGGUCGUGGGCAUUUUUGCUGGAUUUGGGCUCCUGCUAUUGGUGGCCUCGCCUUUCCUGCUCUUGGCCACUCCAUUUGUACUUUGCUGCAAGUGCAAGUGCAGUAAAGGUGACGAUGACCCAUUACCCACCUAGAGGAAGGCACGAUGCUGGAACAAGACCCCUGCCUCUGGGAAGCGUGGCUCUCCCCCACCCCACCCCGCCGUCCCCUCUCACUAAACAUCUUUCUUGCCUUAUGUGCCCCAUUGAGCUUCACAGUGUCACGCCGGAUGCCGUGAUUUCAGGGACUGAUGUCAGAACGUUUGCCGAGGCCCCGGGUGCAGUCACCUGGGCGUGGGGAAGGCAGGCUGGCGUGGGUAGGGCACGGCGCCACAGUCCGUCUCUGCCGACUUGACAAGGGAGGUGCUGCACGGAGCACGCCGGGCGGUUUUCUCCCAGUGGGUACGGACUAGGAGUGUCUGGUGGUUGCUUAAGAGACCCUCUCGUGCAAAAUGUUGUGCAUCUGCUCCUUGGUGUCAAGACGGUGCCACGUUGCUGAGAGAAGAAGACUUUUGGGGGUUGCAACUCACCUCAGACAGAAUCCGGUAAUUCUGACUUGAGAAAAGCACUCUGUAUGACAACUGUUUUUAUUACUAAUGGCGUUUAGUAAAAUCCUUUUUAGGUUGUUUUUUUUUUUUCUUCCCAACUGAGUAGUGAAAAACCAACAAGGUGCAUCUACACCAUCCUAUGCCUUUCUUGAAAUGUGCAUUUUAGGAAGAUAUCGCUAAAUGACUUUUCUGGCUCGGCCACUUUUCAGGAGAUUUAGAAAGCCUUACGCGCUCUUUGUGUUUUUCUUGAAACUUGUAACGACGUCUUAAACGCUAUAAGCAGUGUGCUGUUAUAAACAUGGGUUCCUCUGUUGUUGCAUUUCUUUGAAAAUACCAAUGUCUUUAAAGGAGUAUCUUCAUCAUUAGGUUUUCCUUUUGUUUUUUGUUUUUCUCUUCUUUUGGGGCUUCUCUCUUCUCAUCCAGGUAUGAGCAAAUAUUUUUUAAUGUCUUUGGAAACCAGAUGCUUUCCUCGGGAAUCAUUCUGCUGGGAGUCACUAUGGUUUGGCCUCUCGCCUCAGCCUCCUCGUGUAGACUUGGAGAAGGGAACAGGGCUAUUGGUCCUCACCAGCAGGGCUUCCUGGAAAGACUGGAGGACUCCCGGGGGCUGUGGGAGAAGCUUCCCAAUUUUCAGUUUUUUAAAUGACUAAGUUAUUUUGGAGAAAUCUGUGUCUUACGCAGUUCCAUGUCCUGUUGCUAACCAUUUUGCCCCACUGAAAAAAAACCUUCCAUUUCACUUAGUUAUUUCGAUUAGGGGAUCUUACCAUUCAGCCUCUCCCAGGCCAGGGGUGACUGUUAACGGUAGCAGCAGAAGGCGCGGAUCGGUAAGACCACACGUUCCAUCGGUUGACUUUUAAAAAGUGGAGAGAGGCUAUUCUCUACAGACAGUUGGCUUGAAUAGGACUUUUAAAACCGCCUGUGCUUUUAAGGAGCCGACUGAUUGCAUUGAACUUGGGACUUCAAAAAUAAUAGGCAAAUGUUGUAGGUUUAUUACAGUGGAGCUUUUUAAAACUUACUACACAUUCCACAAAGGAGUGAAAUGGAAACAAAAUCAGACUUGUUUGCUUGUUGCAAGCACAUUUGUAACACGUGGUGGGUUUUUUUGUAUGUUUGACUUCUAUGUUUUUGUGUUGGCCUCCGGUCCUGGUUUGCUUCCCUGUAUAGAAACGUCUUCCUUAUUUCUUAACGUUUCAUAGGUUAGAAACAGUAUCACUUCACUCUCCACCUGUAGUAUUUAUUAUCUUUAUGAAACUGAAGCCAUUAGGAAACUAGUCUGUGUCAAAAUCACACUCAGAACAUUCUCCUUACGACCACGGUUGUAUUUUUAAUUCAGUAAUGAAACAAGAACACGCCUGAGAUCGUCUGUCUGUUCAGUGGAGCCUGGGCACGUGAGUCUCUGUACCUCGAAUUGUUGCAACAGGGUCUGGUGGUAGAUGGCUUUCUGGAGAGGGUGACACUCCGGGAGUCCUAGGCUUGAGCCCAGACUGGGAUCCAUGAAUGCACUUGUCUAGCCAGACCCUUUAAAUGCCUAUUAAAGACAGCAGCAGGCUCGUGGCCGUUUCCAGUAUCCACGGGGCAGGCCUCGCCCCAUCCUGGCCCACCUUUCCUGUGCGAGCUGCUUCCCAUUGCGUGUUGUACAAGUCCGCCCAGUAGUAGUACCCCUUUCCUUUGGGGUGGAACCAGAGCCUUUGAAAGGAUGCAUUCUCUGGGCUCAAGCUCAGAUGUCUUUAUUCUUAGCGGAUUGGGCUGUUCGUCUAGCCUGGAGAAAUCCAUGAACAAAUCAUGCACAUCCAUAGCCUCAACCAUCCUUGUGCCUUUCACCUCUGACACGUUUCACAAGCGCGUGUUUCGACCCAGGUAGGGACCACAGAGAUUCUGGGGCCGGCCGCAGCCAAAGUCGCACCUGCUUGCUCUGAGUCUUUGCACCAGGCAUGCCUCUGUUUGCUUGGUUUGAUUUCAUAGUAACACAACUAAACUUGUCAGUUCCUUAGGAAGAUACCAGCAGGAUUGCAUUGAGCUCUUGCCUAAACUUGCAUUUCCCCCGCUGACUCCUCCGAUUUCAGUAGGGAAUGCCAUUCCCAUUGUUCAUGGGGAUGCAGUAUUAAGCACGCAUGAUGUAAAAUGUAAACAGAAUGUGGGAAGAUGGCCCGCGUCUUGGAUUUUAACCUCGCCAUCACUCCCGGGGGAAACUUAGGGGGUUCUACACUUAGUAGGGGGACUGUUCUAUGGCAGAGCUUGUCUUAAUUGAAAAUUACAUUCACUUUCACGGAUGCUUUUCAUGCUGAUGUUCUGGAAGCACAUGUACGUUUAUUUCUUUGGAGGCCUUGAAAUUCUGGAGGGGAGGGAAGAAGACCCUUUCAUGGCUGACUCGACCGGUGUCUGGUUGGGGCGUCGCCAGAGCGCAUGGCUGACCUUAGGUCAUCUGUGUCCCUCUGACCCCAUCGUGCAGUUUUAUUGGACGUGCCUGGUCUCUCGGUCUGGCUCUGUCGUGCCCCGUGCAGCCCGGCCCUUGAGCUUUGUAGCGGUCACCGGAGGCCAGUGCCCUCAGAGAGGAGGUGCGGCAGACGUUCACGUAGCAGAGAUUGACUCAGGAUCUGAGCAUAAUCAAAUCCUUCAGUUGCAUGAGCCGCUGUCCAGAUCCGUUCUUCUUCACCCCCAGGAGUAGCCGGAGACUGGGGAACCAUCGUGUGGCACCCUUUCAAAGGGGAACAAAUUCUCUUUACAGCAUAUUAUUCCAUAAAACCAGUUUAGGAACCAGGCUGAUUCCUGAUUAGAACACAGGGCCCACGGGGAAAGGGAUUCUCAGCUACACAAAACUUACUCCAAGAUGAGUCUAUCUUUUUCAUCUAUAUUGCAGUUAAAAGUUAUUUAACAGAUUAGAAGAGGAGAUUUUCCCUUGGUAGUCUUUAAAAAUUAGGGGAUUGGAAAGAACCAGGGUAGGCUUUUUGUAUGUUUCUCAGAUUCUCAUUUAUUAAUAAAUACCCCUGUAUAUAAAUAUAUAUAUAAAUCAGUGAAAUCAUCAAGGGAAAACAUUUUGCAUGUAUAAAGCUUCAUGAAGGUCUCUUUAAAAAAUACCAAAGCUUGUUUAUUCCUUCUAACUAACCUAAGCCCUUAUGAAAAUACAUGAAAUGAGGAGAUUAUGACUGGUGUUGCCAAAAAUGCCAAAUGGAAAAGGGCCUGCACUCAAAUAUAGUAGCUAAUGCAUCAGUACUAAGAGCGCAUGCUGUUUGGGUACGUAGAACCCAUGGGCUCCGUUCUUCCUUUGGUUUGUAUAAUCCUGUCUUCCACACUUCUGGGAGCCUUUGGUGAGGGGUAGGGACCUGCCACACGCCUGACCUUUCCUUCAUUCUUUGCUCACUUUACCAUGGGUGUAUUUUAAUCUUGUAUAAACAUAUGCAUGAAUGGGUCACGCACAUGUAUACAGUACAUAUUUGACAAGUGGUGGUAAAAACAAAAGUUCGGUUUGUGUUUUUUGAAAUGUCAGUCCACUUUGUGCCACUAACACUGUGAUGUAUAAAAGAGCUGUUUGAAUGCCUUUUAAUGUUGUGUUUUGUACUUUGGAAUCACAUGGAGAAGUUUGAUUUGUAAUUUCAAUACAUAUUUUAAAUGUAUUGUGUCUUACGUAGUUUGUCCCCCCUUUAGAAGGGAUUUCUUUUUAAAAGAGAUUUUGGCUGGAAUACAGGUUACUUUUGUAAAUCCUGUCUGGCUCCAUCUUUUGUACGUUCUUCGUUGACACCUGGCCUGGAGAUUGAAAAUAAGAUGAUUGGAGCAG